AUAAAUGUUGUGUAGCUAGUCUUGAAUUGAGUAGUUAAAAAUAAAGCAAAAUCAGCAUAUAUAUAAUAAAAGAUUGAGAGAAGAUCAAUCAAGAUAUCGAAAAGGAAAGCAAUUGCAGAGAGUUUAGAAAUUAAGUUAAUUAAUUAACAUAUAUAGGAAUGGAAGAAGUGGGGAUACUGAGGGAAGUGGAAGGAUUUGAGAAUGAUCCAAUGAUAGAAGAACUUGGUCGUUUUGCAAUCGAUGAACAUAACAAGAAAGAGAAUGUUAAUAAUGGUGGGUCUGUUCUUGAGCUUGUGAAGAUAGCAUAUGCCAAUCAACAAGAGGUUGUUUCUGGUAUGAUGUACUAUAUGCAAUUGCAUGCACUAGACACCGAUCAGGGUAUCACUUUUCUUUACGUUUCCCCAGUUUUGGUCAAGUCUCAAGACAAUUCAAAGGAAGCCCAGUCUUUAGUACUUCUUAGAGUACUCAAGGAUGAUGACUAAUGUGGGGGAGUUAAUCGAUUAAUGGAGCCAAAAUAAUUCUGAGAAUAUAUAUAAAUAUAUAUAAUGCCAGAACUGUGAUUCGGAUUCACGUGACGUCUUUCUUCUUUUCAAUGUAUUAUUUCGUUUAUACUUUCAUAUGAUGUUGUUGUAUUUUUUUUUUUUUUAUUAUUAUUUAUUUUCAUACUCAUGUGUAAAAUCAAGGAAUUUUACUCAGAAGAAUGUAUUCUCCUUUACUACUUGUGUUACUAUUUGUGUAUAAUGUGUUAGACAUUUAUAUGUAUAAACUGAAAUAUAUAUGUUUAUGUAUAAAA